CGGCGCUGAAGGUUCGGGCGCGGCCGCAGCGCCCGGUUCUUGCCCGCCGGCCGGGCUUCGCCGCCCCCCGCCCGGCCCAGCGGUUGCCUCCGGCCCGCCGCCCGGUGCCGGUUCCCGGCGUUCCCGGGGUUCCCGGUUCACGUGCCCCGUGCUCUCUUGCAGGCCCGGUGCCGGUUCCCGUGCCCUGUGCUCUCCCGCCGGCGCGCUGCCCUCCGCCCGCGGCGCGGCCCCGGCACCAUGUCUCGAAGAUAUGACUCCAGAACUACCAUAUUUUCUCCGGAAGGUCGCCUGUACCAAGUUGAGUAUGCCAUGGAGGCCAUCGGGCACGCAGGCACCUGCCUGGGAAUUCUAGCAAACGAUGGAGUUCUGCUGGCAGCAGAGCGGCGCAACAUUCACAAGCUUCUCGAUGAAGUGUUCUUCUCAGAGAAAAUAUACAAGCUUAAUGAGGAUAUGGCGUGCAGCGUUGCAGGAAUAACCUCAGAUGCCAAUGUUCUCACAAAUGAGCUGAGACUGAUUGCACAGAGGUAUUUGUUACAGUAUCAAGAGCCCAUUCCUUGUGAACAACUAGUAACAGCACUGUGUGAUAUCAAGCAGGCUUAUACACAGUUUGGAGGAAAACGUCCUUUUGGUGUUUCAUUGCUCUAUAUUGGCUGGGAUAAGCAUUAUGGAUUUCAGCUGUAUCAAAGUGAUCCUAGUGGAAAUUAUGGAGGGUGGAAAGCCACAUGCAUUGGGAAUAAUAGUGCUGCAGCUGUGUCAAUGCUGAAGCAGGACUACAAGGAAGGGGAAAUGACCUUAAAGACUGCCCUGGCAUUGGCCAUUAAGGUUCUAAACAAGACCAUGGAUGUCAGUAAGCUCUCUGCUGAGAAAGUUGAAAUUGCAACACUGACAAGAGAGAACGGAAAGACAGUAAUAAGGGUUCUGAAGCAAAAGGAGGUGGAACAAUUGAUAAAACAACAUGAGGAGGAGGAAGCAAAAGCUGAACGUGAAAAGAAGGAGAAAGAACAAAAAGAGAAGGAUAAAUAGAAUAUGAAAUCAAGUGUUCUCUAGAUAAUAAAGGACCUGCUUCAGCAAAAGAUAAUCUGGAUUUCUGUGCUGUAGAAGCCUACAGCUAUGCCAUGGAGGACCCAGAAGUACUUUUGAUGAACCAGGCCCUUAGUCAUCAUUUAGAUAAUUAGUUUACUGCUCCUUACAUUGACCAAUAAUUGCUUUAAUUCUUGAACACUCUUUCUUUCAUCUUCUAUUUUUUAUUAUGGAAUAAAAUUUAAGAAGAAUA